AUGGUAAGCAGCAAGUUGCAUCUGAGUGGGAGCCAGACCGAGGCAAUGGAUCGACUCGUAGAGGUGCCUGCUGCAAUGACAUUUUUGUUGUUGGACUUUACGCUGACGCGCAUUCAUUGGUCUUCACGGAGGUUCUCGAAGGAGCUCUGGUUGGCAACUAUGGGUGGUGUGAGCUUUGACUCCAUGGUAGAUAUAGUUCUGUACACACUGCAGUUGUAA